CGGAGCAAUGUCUGAGCAGGCUGAAUUUGACCUAUGGGACAGAGACCAACAUCCUGAUCCUGAACUCAUGCCCCUGCCAAACACAGCUUGUGAUCUUGACUGGAAUAGUUUAGUUCAAGCAGCCCAAGAAUAUGAGACACAAAGGAUGGUAGCCCUUUUGUCAGAAAUGAGUCCUGUAUCAAGCAGGCCAGACACACCAUCCAAUGGAACCUGCAAGAUCCACCUAUCCAGUGCCUACUGCAGCGGAGAAGAUUUGGGCAGUGACGUAUUCAUUGACUUUCCUGAUCAACUCUCUCACCUGGAAGGGAUGCUUAGACGACUGAGUAGUGAUCUGCUGAAGGAGAAGAGAGACAAGGUGGCUCUUCUGGCAGAGGUGUUGAAGCUUCGCAUAAGCAACCAGCAUCUGAGAGAAGAGUCCCUUUGUGCAGUCGCACAACUACACAAAAUCAACAACAUUUUAAACACGGCUCCAGGAGAGAUGGAGUAAUGCAGGGUUGCAAGCACAAACUACAAGCCUGGAUAUCAGCACAG